AUGAAGCCAUCGGAAAACUGGCGUAACGUAUUCUUGCUUCCGCGAAGCGCCAAGAAGAAGAAUCAGAAGAACACAAAAGACAGCCCGUCGCCGCCGCCGCAGAAAGUGUCCCUACCCAAACCUCCUCGUAUACAGCAAACGCAGAUUCCCCGCCGACACACCAUGUCGGAUCCUGGUUCCCUCUCGACACUCCGGGUUCAAAGCCCCGAUUCCGACAUCUCGCCGAAGACGCCGGUGCAGCCAGCAGAUAAGACCAAAGCGGACUACUUCUCCAUUGAGAGGCAAAGAAAAGAGGAGGAAAAUAAGGCGGGAGACACAGAGCAGUUAAGCCGUGCUACGACGCUGUCGAGCUUUGCAAGUCCGUCGCUUGAGAGCACAGCAGGGAGCUUUUCAGCCGAAUCAUCGAGGACCGAAUCGUACGCAGAACGGCACAGGGGGUCGUCGAUAUCGUCGCUGACGUUUGCACCGCUUCGUAAUCCUUCGCUACCGCAGGGUUCUCAGAAGAGAACGGAUAAGGAGCGUAUCAGGGCAUCAUCACCUCCGCAUGAAAGGUUCCAAUCACAUGUCGCUUUCGAUAACCUCCCGCUGGGUGAGGCGACUAAGAACAACACGCCCUCACUGACACUGAAUGUCAGGCAUAAGGGAUAUCAGGCUCAGAGAAGAUCGCGCACUUUUAUGGUCGGCGUUGACGAGCACGCCUAUUCUGAUUAUGCAUUGCAAUGGCUGCUCGACGAGCUUGUCGACGAUGGUGACGAGAUAGUAUGUGUGCGCGUCAUCGAGAAGGAGCUGCGCACUAGCGACCCCAAGGCAUACCAAGACGAUGCCCAAAAUGUCAUGAACUCGAUUCUCAGGCGCAAUGGCGCAAACCGCGCCAUCAGUAUUGUACUGGAAUACGCUUGUGGCAAACUGCACUCGACCUUCCAGAAGCUGAUCCAAAUGUACCAACCUGCGAUGCUCAUCGUCGGCACUCGUGGCAGAUCACUCGGAGGUCUUCAAGGGCUGGUCAACACCCGCAACUCAUUCUCCAAAUACUGCCUGCAGUACUCGCCGGUGCCGGUGGUUGUUGUCCGUCCGACCGAGAAGCGGGAGAAGAAGAAGAAUAAGAGACAAAACGACUCGGAACGGCAAACAUACGUCAGGAUGCUUUCGGCUACGGGAGGCAAGCACGAAGCCGACAGCGAGCGAAGCAGCAUGUACGAGGUGGAGAUUCGGAACACGGCGGACGAGGAGGCACACCAAGUCGCCAAGGCGCUGGGGCUGCCGGCCGCUUUCGAUCCUACCAUUAAGCCAAUCGACCCCAACUCGUUUCUGCAGCCGAGGGGCUACAGCUUGUCGCAGACGACGUCUGCGGCAUCCGGAAAAGCACCACCAAGCACGGCUGGCGAUAGUGAGGACGACGACGAUGAGGAAGAGGACGAGUUUGAGGUCAUGUCGGGUGACCAACUCAUCAACUCGAACCAAAAGGAGAAACUCCAUAAGAUGGAGGUUGGCGAAGCUGCUGCUCUCUUACAGCAGAACCGGAAGGACAGUCUCGACUCUUCUGGCAAUGCAGACGAUGACGAGGAUGACGAGUCGAAGGAGUCGCGGACCAGUAGCGCUAGUUAA